UCUCCACAUUUCAGAGUUCAUUCCCCAAGAACUCAGCAGCAGAAGUAGUACUACUCAGUACUACUACACAGUACUACUACUACUACACAGUAUUACUGCAGCCGUACAGCGUGUAUUCAGUGCAGUACUUCUACCUGAUGGACUCAGUGGCGCCCCCUGGCCUCUCUCUGGUCACCGUCUUCUCCCUGUUAGCAUGCUGUGUCCAGGUGUUAGCCGCUGUGCUGCUGACUCACAGGUACGGUGGGCGGAGCUCCGCUGAGGACAGGUGGGUCCUGCUCUGGCUCUUCUAUGACGUCAUCGUCCACCUGACGCUGGAGGGUCCAUUUGUUUACAUGUCUCUGGUUGGGACGGUGGAGACAUCUGAAGGCCCGCUGGCAGAACUGUGGAGGGAGUACAGCAAAGCUGACAGUCGCUGGUUAGUUUCUGAUCCGACCAUCGUCUCCGUGGAGAUUCUGACCGUCGUCCUCGACUCUCUGAUUGGUCUGCUGCUGAUCCAUGCAGUACUGAAGGACAAGUACUACAGACACUUCCUGCAGGUCGCUCUGAGCGUGUGCGAGCUGUACGGCGGCUGGAUGACCUUCUGUCCUGAUUGGCUGAUGGGCAGUCCUCACCUGGACACGUCCAGCCAACUCCACCUGUGGGUCUACCUGGGCUUCUUCAACGGGCUCUGGGUCCUGGUCCCGGUCCUGCUGCUGGUCCAGUCCUGGUUCUGUCUCCGCAGUCUGCACAUGCUCAGAAUGGACAGAGACCACAUGAGUAGGAAGAACAUGUAGAUCACAUGAUGACCUCACAUGAUGACCUCACUCUGACAGAACAUUAAUGGAAACAGCAGAACUUGUAAUGAUCAAACAACUCGAUCGGUGGUCUGGAUCAACUGUAAAACCUUUAUUUCAUUCAACAAUAAAUAAUCAAUAAAGAUGGAUUGAUGAGUGA